GGCACUCUAGUAGAUUCCGGCUUGGCGGCUAUGCGCAGACUCGCACAAACGUGGAUACUAUACCCUCAGACCUUUGACAUUUCGAACGUUUGUUUCUUUGCGACACCAUGGUAUAGCCGUACCGGUUGACGUUUGCGUGACCCAGGGUACAGACUUGUGCUCCGGUUUAGUUCAUUAUUCGUCGUCCAUUAAGCGAAAUGCCUAAAUACUGUACGGCUCCCAACUGCAGGAACGACGCUGGUAGCACCGGCUCAGACAGGAAGAGCUUCUACAAGUUUCCACUGCAUGACCAAGCCAGGCUGCAGCAGUGGCUGAAAAACAUGGGCCGGGAGGGUUGGACGCCUUCACGGCACCAGCACAUCUGCCACGAGCACUUCACACCCUCCUGCUUCACCAUGCGAUGGGGGAUCCGCUACCUCGCCAGCGACGCCGUGCCGACCAUCUUCCAGCUCUCUGAAAAUGCAGAGAAACGUAGAAGCACCAGUAACGCUGACAGGAAAGCAAAGAGAAUACGGCCUUCCAGCAAGAAAGCUGUGUUGACUGUGCCAUUGGAGAAGACAUCCAACUGCGAUAGUGUGCACCAAGAUGGCAAUGUUGGCUCCGUGCAGCUGUACACCAUUACGGUGGAGCCUUCUCUGCUGCUGGAAUCAAGCACCAUGGAACAGUCCAUGGGAUCUGCCCCCACUGCCUUAGCCCUACCAGCAGUUGACGGACAGGAUAGCCUGGGAGAUGAUUUUCCAAUGACGCUGUUUCAAGCUGUGGAGGAUUUCAGCAUGUCUGGCGGAGGGGAGUGUGCCGAAGUCAUGGUACUGUCCAAGGGUGCAUCGACGGACAGUGAAGAUGCAGUGGAGGGCAUAGCAACUGCUCUCUUGGCAGAAGGCCAGGAGGUGGUCAUACAUGAUGCUGUUGGCCAGGGAGCAGUGGGCCCCUCCUCACUGGUUAUUGAGAACAUGGCCCUGGAGACAGUGGAGCCCCCUGCAGGCCAGGAUGACCGCGGUAUCCAGAUCAUUGCUUACUUCGAGACUAUUCCCAGCGUCCUUCCAGCCGGCCCCACUCAUUCUGGCCUAACACCCGACACAGUGCUGUCCUCUGCCCUCAGCCCUCAGCCCAUAGUCUCCACUCUUCCCAUUGUGUCCAAACACAUGACCCCCUUGCCAGGCUCCCUGGUUCUCGCUUCAGAGAGGCCUGAGAGUUCAGAGACGGAGGUGGAGGGGCAAAGGGAGGAAAAGGAAGAGGAUGGUGUAGAGCACCAGGGGAAACAACUGGAUGAGCACCGCUACCACAAGAACAGCCUGAGUAAGGAGCAGCUGGAAGUCAUUGUGACAGAGCUGCAGAAGAAGGUGAAGGUGCUGCAGCAGAGGCACCGGAGGCACCUGGACAAGCUGCUGGGCCUGGAGAGCACAGUGAGCCAGCUGAGGCACAGCAAGCUGCUGAGUGAGGAGCGACUGAGCCUUCUGGAGAGGGCCUACGUUCAGACGAGUGCUGUUGUGUCAGAUGCUGGGGAAACAGUGGCCAUCAUUUGUGAAGAUGAGAAGAUGGCGUACCUCUACUCUCUGCCGGAGUAUGGCAUCGGGGAGGGACUUGAACAGGACAUGGAGGGUCCCGCUGCACUAUCGGAGAGCUGACAUCCAUUCUGAGCUGUCCUUACCAAAAAGGGAGGGGGAUAUGUGGAAGCACUUAGUUUCUGUCUUCUGUGUGGUAGAGAGGACCAAGUGUUCUUCCUAAAACACUAAACAGACCUGCACUGUGGCACUGGUGCAAUGAGAUUGGAAUUGUCCCCUUGGGGAAUCAUACUCUCCCCAGGGUUACACUGGUUUCUUGUUAUUUGUGAAUUUUCCUGGACUGGUGAACCCCCUCUGUGAUUUAUAUAUCUUUGCGACUGGAGCAGCUUGAAGUUCAUCCUUUUCUCCUUUCCUGAACUGACUUAAUUUUUCUGCGAAACACCCGCCACUGCUUAAAUCCUGAGGUGGUGACCAGUGUUUAAUGGGGAUGAAGUUAAUUUAGUGAAUCGUGCAGGGAAAGAGGCGUGUGAUUCUUGAUUUAUAUACACUGCAGAAUGCCUUUUGGAAAUAUGGAGCUGGAGCAGUAAAGUGUAUUUGUACUUUGCCAAA